AUGAAAGGUAAAGGAGGACCUGAGAACUUGAGGUGUAAUUUCAGAGGUAUAAGACAACGAACAUGGGGUAAAUGGGUAGCUGAGAUUCGAGAACCCAAUAGAGGUAGUCGAUUAUGGCUUGGAACUUUCGGGUCAACAGUUGAAGCUGCCCUAGCUUAUGAUGAAGCUUCCCGAGUCAUGUAUGGGUUCUUGAGAGAGAACAAAAGAUUUUUUGAGAAAGCGUGUGAAAAUGUCUUUGGAGAUAUUGUGGAGAAAAGAAUACAGAAAGAAGCAGGUCGAAGGAAUGAUGCAAGAACAUUUUUGGCGAGUAUUCUCAAGAACAUCAGAGAAGAAGUAGGUGAAAUCACAGCAGAGAUGAAGCAGAUGAAUGGAAAUCAGAAGCAUUUUUUCUUGAUUGAUAUGAUGAAGUCGAGAGAUGCAGAUGAAAUUGUAACCUUGGAUUUGUGA